AUGUCCGUACCGACAGGUGCACCUCAACCAUCAUAUAUUCUACGCGGACAUGCGACUCCAAUACAUGCAGCGAAGUUUAUACGAGGCAAUACGAGAUUGAUUACGGGAGAUGCGGAGGGAUGGGUUGUGAUGUGGAGUUUGGAGAGUAGGAGGGGGACGGCGGUUUGGAGGGCGCAUGAGGGGGUUCUGCUGGGGGUGGGGGAGUGGGGGGAGGGGGUUGUGACGCAUGGAAAAGACAACAAACUAAUAAUAUGGAAACUCCCCCCAUCAGAGGAGGAAUUCAUGAGUAAAGUUCUUCCCGUUGAUACCGUCUCAGAAGAGAGGAGAAAACCAUGGAUUUCACAUAUGUUAGAUGUCAACACCAUGAAUUUUUGCGCGUUCGCUAUGUGUUCUUUGAAUUUGGACGUCAAAACUACGGAGGACGAAGAGAAGGGGAAAGACGAAAAGGCAGAAGCUGAAAUUGAAUACGACGAGAAGAGUAAAAAUCAAUUAUUAAUCGCAGUCCCAAAUACCUUAACAUCCGAAUCAAUCGAUAUCUUCCACAUUCCCACUCUCCACCGUCUACACAAUAUUCCUUCGCCCGGACCAGAGAAACCAGGCAUGAUCAUGUGUCUAUCACUCUUUUGCCACCCCAUCACUAAAUGCCUCACCGUUCUUUCCGGUUACGAAGAUGGAUCAGUUUCCAUCUUCUCCUUUACUUCUUCCCUCCCCCCAUCCUCUUCUUUCCCUUCAGCUGCACCUUCAUCUCAAUGGAACACCAUAUACCAUUCCAAAUCGCACAUCCAACCCGUUCUCUCCCUUUCUCUCGAUCCAAGUCCCGAUCGCAGAUUCUUCCUCACGAGUGGUGCUGAUGAUCGGAUUAUCAAAUAUUUGAUCCCUACCAGCACGACUCCUGUCUCUCCUUCAGCAUCACCAUCAGCCUCAAGAUCAAACCCAAAUUCGAUACUAACCUCCACCAAAGACGCCCCCAAAAUACUCAAAACAGCACAUUCCGGACAACAAAGCAUAGAAAUGCGAAACGAUGGGAAGAUAGCCGUAACAGCCGGAUGGGAUGGAAGAGCAAGAGUGUACGGAGUAGCGAAGAUGAGAGAAUUGGCGGUGUUGAAGUGGCAUAGGGAUGGAUGUUUUGCGGUUGCGGUUGCGGAUGUUUUGGAGGGGAGAAUGAAGGAGAGUGGAGGUGAGAAGGGAAGGGAGGUUGUGGGGAGAUUGGGAGAAUUGGAUGUUAAGGGGGAGAGAUUGAGGAAGGCGAGGGAAACACAUUGGGUCGCUGUGGGGGGGAAGGAUGGGAAGGUUAGUUUGUGGGAUGCUUAUUGAGGGAUUGGGAAGGAAGUCUUCCACGCUUUUGAGAGUAGAAGUUGUGUGAGGUUGUGAAAUCAUAGUUUCAUGAUGAAUUGAUAAUCUGUUGGGGAAAUCGAGAAAUACACAUGCAAGCCACAUUAAAUAUUCAGAUGAAAAUUAACAUUAAUAGUAUUUCAAAA